AUGGCAAAGGACCGUCUUCCGACCGAAUCCGGGCGCAAAAGAAAGCAGAAUAAUCAUAUAGGGUCGCGUAAACAGGCCAAAACGACAAAAACAACCACCCCUGCCACGCAAAAUGACGAAGAAAUUUCCGGUGUAAGCAGUUCCGAAGACGAUGAGUUUGGGUCCAAUGGUUCCGAAACCGAAAAUAUAGAGGAGAAUUCCGAAUUGUCUUCCGACGAGGAGUUUGCGGCCGAGUCUGCCGCCGACAAGCGCCGAAGAUUGGCCAAACAGUAUUUGGAAAACUUGAAAGAAAACGAAUUUGGAGACGAUGAUUUUAAUGCCCAAGAUUUGGAUGAUGAUAUUGUUUCUAGAAGGUUACAGGUGGAUGUAGCUGAGGGAAAAGGGUUCAUAUACAAGUUUCUCGGCGACAAGUUGGAGGCACAGAUAAACGAGGUGAAUGCUAUUAGUACCAGAAUUGGAAGCAAGAAUGUCACUGGAGUUAGUGUACGGUAUCCACACCUUUAUACUGUAUCCAAGGAUAUGGAGCUUGUCAAGUGGGACGUGGAAAAGAAACCACAGCGAGUCAAACAUACUAGAGGAGGCAGAAAACACAUCAAUUUGCGCAGGGAGCAACAUAUGAACCACCACUAUGAUCAGAUUAAUUGUGUGGCAGUUUCGCCCGAUGGAAAAUAUGUGGUUACUGGAGGAGCUGAUGGUCGUCUUAUUAUCUGGUCGUCAGAAAACCUUGUCUGCUUAAAGGUUCUUGAAGUUAGAAGUUCCAUAAAUUCGAUCACAUUUCGUCGAGGAACAGACCAGUUAUACGCAGCAUGUCUGGAUCUCCGGAUUCGAACCUAUUCGAUCAACCAGUUUGCCCAGCUCGAGGUGUUGUAUGGACACCAGGAUACAAUCACCGAUAUUUCGUCUUUGGCGAGAGAAACCUGUGUUUCCGUGGGAGCUCGCGACAAGAUGGCCAUGUUCUGGAAGAUAUCGGAGGAAAGUCGUUUAACUUUUCGAGGAGGAGAUUCUAUGGAGAAAAAGAGAAAGAAUGAAGAAACACCAAUGUAUGCCGAAGGCUCCAUAGAAGUGGUGUCUAUGAAUGAUGAAUCUCACUUUGUUACAGGGUCCGAUAAUGGAAAUGUAUCGCUUUGGUCUUUGGCCAAGAAAAAACCAUUAUCCACCCACAGAAUCGCCCACGGAAUCCAACCGCAACUUACACCAGAACAAGCUAGUGGAGAAACCCAUCCUGAAGCUUCGUUGGUGGUUCCACAGCCGCAACCUUACUGGAUCACCGCCGUAUACGCCGUACCAUAUUCGGACAUUUUUGUCACUGGAUCUUACGACGGAGCCAUCCGAGUGUGGAGAAUCGAAAGAGAAACGAUGCGGACGUUCAAAUUGGUGGGAAGCGUGGCGGUUCGUGGAUGCGUGGUGGGUUUUGAUAGUGUGGAGUUGAAGGGUAAAUUGAUCAUUUACGCUGUACUCAGUAAAGAGCAUAAGUACGGCCGGUGGAUCAAGGUGGCAGGACGAAAUAGUCUUGUGUCUAUAGCAUUUGAUAUAUAG